AUGAUCGGGAUGCUGGCGGGAGAAGUCUAUCUUUGUUUUUCAUUUUCUUCAAAUGAUCUCUACUCUUCGGAGGGAGAUAGAUUUGCGAAUACGAACUACGAGGGUAGCGCAGCAUGUGUGAGUGGUGCCUUAGAUUCCUUGGGAAUGGAUCCAUGGUUUAACAUUUACUUUUACAUUCAUCCUUGUGGCAGUGGCACGCACCGACGGAAAGCCGCAUCCGUUCACCACCCCAGGGAAUACCUUGACCUACAGCUAAUUGAUAUUUUUCGUUCCGCAAUCAUUGUGAUAGACGUGGUAUCAAAAUAGAUGUAGGCAGGAGUUAUAAAGAGCACGAGAAAACUUGUAUUUUUGUUUCUGGUUUUUCUCCAAUUAUUUUUAUCAGUACGUAGGUAGUUGCUCUGUCUUCUAGAAGAAGUACAGUUUUAUUGAGUGCUCGAAUGCAUAUCUGAGGCCGUUUAUGAUCAUUCCUUUCUCAAAAAAGCUUCCUUGUCGUGCGGAAAAAUGUCUAAGAGUCCGAGGACGGAUCCGGGCCGGACUCCUCGGGGUAACUACUACAUGAUCUCACGACGACAACAUUGGAACUCGAAAUCAUUGAGUUAGUGUUUCUUUGCUUGAAGUUUCAGGGUAGGGGUGUUUGCUUGAAUUUUCAGGGUAGCGGUGAAGAGCCUAUUUGUGAGCUGUUGGAAUUAAACUGAGAGUGAACUUCUUAUGACAGUUGCAGUUAAACGAGUAUGUGAUAGUCUCACAGGAAGUAGGAUAUCUGUUUUUAAUAUAUAUAAUGAAAUCUGAGCCUGAGGUAGUUCGGACUCUCUUCCGGUGUAGAAUAGUAAGUAGGGUAGGUACUAAGUGGUCUAAGAAAUAAGAAGUAAGAAAGGAUAUGGAGGUGUAUCCGAUGAGGAGUGUAAAAAAUAGAUUCCAGAGAAACACCCUAGAAGUAGUAUUCAAGACACACAUAGAUGGAUGGAAAAGCACGUGAUUUAAGAACCAGACAGCAGGACAAUAAACUACGCGUCAAGUAAAGGGGUUGUUGAGACGCCGAUCAUCAUUUUCCACGAUUGGUUAAGAUGCGAUAAAUGACCAUGUAUGAAGCAAGUUGCGCAUAAGAUUCUUAUCAAGGUUAAAAAGAAGAAGUCGUCCAUGAAAA